AUGGGUGCAUCUGCAGCUACCGGUAUGCAGAUGGUGGCGGCGCGCCCUUGCAUCCCAGCUUGCCAGCGAAUGCUUGGGUCGAGAUCUGGAGUUUCUGCAUUCGGAAGGGCGCUCAGCACCAGAACUGGCUUUGCAAGCUGUGUUAAAACUGCGUCAUCUGGAUCGCUCAUUUCUGUAAGCCGCAAGAGGUUUGCUGUCAGGGCGAUGUCUCAGGGAGCUGUCCAAGGACUCCCCAUUGAUCUCAGAGGUAAAAGAGCAUUUAUUGCUGGAAUCGCUGAUGAUAAUGGUUAUGGCUGGGCAAUAGCCAAGGCUCUUGCUGCAGCUGGUGCUGAAAUUCUUGUUGGUACAUGGGUGCCUGCACUGAACAUAUUCGAGACAAGCUUGAGACGUGGAAAGUUUGACGAAUCACGGAAGCUGCCUGAUGGAUCCCUUAUGGAGAUUACUAAAGUGUAUCCACUGGAUGCAGUUUUUGACUCCCUGGAGGAUGUUCCUGAAGAUGUUAAAGCAAAUAAGAGGUACGCAGGCUCCUCAAAAUGGACUGUGAAGGAAGUUGCUGAAACUGUGAAGGAUGAUUUCGGCAGCAUUGAUAUCCUUGUGCAUUCUCUUGCCAAUGGUCCUGAGGUAACAAAGCCCUUGCUGGAGACAUCAAGAAGUGGCUAUCUUGCUGCAGUUUCAGCAUCUAGUUACUCGUUCAUCUCUUUACUUCAGCACUUCCUUCCCAUCAUGAAUCCAGGAGGUGCUAGUAUCUCUUUGACCUACAUUGCUUCGGAAAGGACAAUCCCUGGCUAUGGUGGUGGCAUGAGUUCAGCAAAGGCAGCACUUGAAAGUGAUACAAGAGUUCUUGCUUUUGAAGCAGGCCGAAAGGGCAAAAUCAGAGUGAACACUAUAUCAGCAGGUCCAUUGGGGAGCAGAGCUGCAAAGGCUAUUGGAUUCAUCGAGAAGAUGAUCGAGUACUCUUAUGUUAACGCACCAUUGCAGAAGGAACUCUUGGCAGAGGAAGUGGGGAACGCAGCAGCAUUCUUGGUGUCUCCGUUGGCAUCUGCAAUCACUGGUUCAACUGUUUAUGUCGACAAUGGACUCAACACGAUGGCGCUCGCGGUUGACAGUCCUACUUUGUCUACAUAA